AUGAAAACAUUUGUCUUGAUUGUUCUCUUAGGAUUGGCAUUUGGAGUACAAGUGAAUGAAUAAGCAACAAUAUUAUAAAAUGCUUUAACCAAUAAAUUAAAAGCUACAAGUAUGGGUAGAGCAGUAUUAACUAUGGUGGAAUUAGGCGAGCCUAAUUUCAAUCCUUUAUUUGAUGCAUUAGAAGCAUGGGCUUCACUUAUUGAAGUAAUAUAUAGAUUUUAAUUUUAGUAAAGCAUAGCUGAUGAAAAUUCAUCUUAUGGAGCAUUUGUUUAAUAAUCAGAAACAGAAGAAACUAAUUAUAAAGCUCUUAUAGCAUAAUAUGAAAGUGAAUUAGCUGAAUACAAUAUUUAAAUCAGAGAAAUCUUAAAAUCAAGAAUAAGUUUAGAAGAAGACCUUGAAAGGACAAGAAAUGAAUUAGGUGCAACUAAAUAAUAAAAAGCUAAUAUCGAAAAUUAAUAAAGAUAAGAUUCAGCUGAUUUUAAAACAAGAACCAGUUAAUUAAGUGCUGCUAUUGUUGUGAUAGAUGAAGCCUUAAAAGUAUUAGAUAAAGCAAAAUGUAUAUUAUUUUUUUAUCAUAGACUCAUCUUUUGUUGAAGAAGAUGCUUAAUAAUUAUCUUCUUUAGUUUCUGGAACACCAGAAUUACAUUCUUUAUUACUUUAAUUAAAUACUGAAGAUUAUAAGAGUGCAUAAAAUUUAUAAAAGUAUCAAUUCAUUCUCAUUAUCUUUUAGAGUUAUCAAUUUAUUAUAAAACAUCAGAGAUUAAUUCAACUAAAACAUCUAGACUUUAUAAGCAGGCUUUACAGCAGCUUAAUAAUAAGCUUAAGAUCUUUUUGAAUUAUUGAAUGCUAAAAUUGAUUCAUUGGUUAAAGAUGUUAUUCCAUAAUUAUAAUAAGAUAUCUAAGGAAAAGAUAGUAAGAAUAUCUCUAUUUCCAAGGUGAAAUUGACUCAAGAAGAUCAUUGGCAAAUGAAUCUUAAGCUAAUCUUGAUGCAACAAGGGAAAGUUUGAGAUAAUCAAUUUAAGAGAAAGGAUUAGCUACAAAUAGUCACAACAUUUUAAUUUCUGAAUAUCAUAGCAAUUUAGAUACUGUAGCUGAAUGCAUUAAUGCUUUACAUGGAAGUGGAAUUAAAAGAUAAUGAAAUAGAUACAUAAUAAUAAAUAAUUUUACUCAGUA